AUGGAAUUUAAUAGAGGAUUUUUUAAAAGUUUGCUAACAAGCAAAAAUGAUUUCUGCACAUUGUGCUUUAAUAACCUUAACUCGGAGAAAUAUACUAAAUUUACAGACGAAGUUAGUAAGUUUAACGAUAAAAACAUAACGAUGGCGGAAAUUUUGAAUUUUGUAAUUGGACCUGGCAUAUCCGAUACAAUAUCUAAUAUGGUGUGUUUUAAGUGCUCCAAAUUAGUAGUGCAAAACUAUUUAUUUACAAAAAAGUGCCGAGAUAAUUUAAAACAUGUUUCCGACUUUGUAAUGAAUUUAUUAAAAUGUACUGAAAGUGCAGUUGAAACGGAAAUCGGUUGCCAUAAAACAAUUUUCAUGUCAAAGAAAAACUCGGGAUUUGUUACUUAUUUUGACAGAGGAAAAUGUAAACUUACUUCUACAUCAGCUUGUAAGAGGUUCAAUGCAAUACAUACAAGUUUUAUAAAACAACCAGACUCUAUUGGAGACAUUUGUGUUAUGAUAUCGCCAGAUAAUGAGGAAAACAAUGGCAUACAGAAUACAAUUGUAAUACAUCCAUACAAAAAUGCACAGAAUAUAGCAGUAGGUGACUUACACACUCUAUCUAAAGAAAACUCCUCAAAUAAAUAUUCAGGGAAUGUUAAAAACCAACACAAACCUAUAAAAAUUAAUAUCACUGACAUACUGCACAGUGAGUCUAAUGACAAUAUUUUGAAAUGCAAAGUAUGUCUUAAUGAAUACACUACAAAAGUGAAUUUAAGAAAACAUUAUAUUAGAGUCCAUGCUCCAAAAGAAUUUAAAUGUUGUAAAUGUUUAAGAUCCUUUGGAUCAUCAGGUAUUUUAGAAAAACAUAUGUAUGAAAGUCACACUAACACCAUUUGCAGUGAAUGUGGUAAAAUAUAUGGCAAUAUUCAUUCACUGAGAAAACAUGAAUUAACUCACAAAGGGAGUCUGAAAUGUGAUAUAUGUAAAAGAGUUUAUAAAUCAAGGAGUACCUUUAACGAGCACAUACAGAUGAAAAUUUGUGGUCAAUUACAAAGAAAAUCUCAAGCCAGUGCUAAAUUUCAAUGUGAUAUUUGCCAUAAAAAGUUCUGUCACAAAAGAUCAUUAGAAGGUCAUAUCAGAUUUAGUCAUGGAAAUGCUAAAGAUUAUUCUUGUUCUUGGUGUAGUAAGAAAUUUAGUGCUAUAAGUAAGCUAAGAGCGCAUGAAGUAAAACAUACUCAAGUCAAGAAUUUUCAUUGUAAGUUAUGUGGUAAAAUGUUGGUUUCCAAGGAAUCUUUACUGUAUCAUACAAGAACUCAUACUGGAGAAAAGCCUUAUAAAUGUGACCAAUGUGGUGAACAGUUUAUUUCUAUAUCUCGCAGAAAUGAGCACAUUCACCGCUAUCACACAGAUGCUACUUAUGAAUGUGAUAUCUGUAAGCAAAAAUGUAAAACCAAAGCUAAUCUAAAAAAGCACAAAAGAAUGCAUUUUGACAAUAUUAAUUUGUUUGAAGUAAAUAAUGAGAAU